GAAGGGGGCGGAGCAAAGUGUGGCUGCGUGGUCGGAGAGCGGAGCUGACGGAGCUGCUUUUUCAUUGAUGAAAAGACGUGAACUUAGAGGAGAAACAAACUAAAGCAUCGAUCCAACAUCUCUACCAACGUUCGUAUCGAUACUUGGAUCGAUCACCCACCCUGAUCUCCUGGAUGUGACCUGAGAACAGCGCUAAUCUGUCUGUGGGCUCAGCUACAGGAGGAGAGUCUGACGGAGCAGCAGAGGAACAUUUUCAGCCUCUACAGAGGAAACAAUGAGUUCAACACAACAGGACCAACAUGGACCAAGAAGUCAGCGCUCUCAGGAGGCUGACAAACCUCACAGAAGGAAGAGAGAAAAAAAAUACUCCUGUGAUCAGUGUGGGAAGAAAUUUUUUAAUACAACUACAUUGAAAAAUCAUCAAGUCAUCCACACUGGAGAGAGAGCGUUCAGCUGUGACGUGUGUGGAAAGUCUUUUACCCUGGCUGGAAACUUAAAAAUACACCAGCGCAUCCACAGUGGAGAGAAACCGUACCGCUGUGAUCAGUGUGGCAUUGCUUUUACUCAUUGUAACGGCUUAAAGAGUCAUCAAGUUACCCACUCUGGAAUUAAGGCAUACAGCUGUGACUAUUGUGAAAAAACCUUCAGCCGCAUGGAGAACAGAAAUCGGCACCUACGCAUUCACACUUUACAUGAUGUGUUCUGCUGUGAUCAGUGUGGCAAAAAGUUUGCAACAGACCAACAGAGACAACGCCACAUGUUUACCCACACUGAGGAGAGACCUUAUCAGUGUGACCUGUGUGAUAAGACUUUUAAAUCUCCACAGUACCUGAAAAAACACCAAAAGAUCCACAACAGAAAGAAACUCUACAAGUGCAGUUCCUGUGAGAAGCAGAGCCACACAGAUGGAUCCAGUUCUCAGCCCUGUCGUCGAUGUGGUGGUGGGAAAGAGUUUCGCUGUGACCUUUGUGGGAAAACCUUCAAUCAUCCGCAGAACUUAAAAAUACAUCAGCGUAGACACACUGGACACAACCUGAACGACUGCAAAGAAUGUGGGAGAAGCUUCACCACAACGAAGCAAUUAAAACAACAUGAACUCUACCACAGUGGGGUUAAAAAGCACCUCUGUGACCAGUGUGGGUCAUCCUUCAUCGCUGCAUUCCACCUUAAAGUACAUAAACGAGUCCACACAGGAGAGAAACCACACAAGUGCAGACACUGUGACAGAAGCUUCUCACAAACAGGUAGUCGUAACCUUCAUGAACGUACACACAUUGAAGGGAACUACAGCUGUGACCAGUGUGACAAGAGCUUCAGGAAUCUCAGUUCAUACUCCAAGCACAAACAAUCCCACGCUACAAAGAAACUGUUUCACUGUUACCAAUGUGCAAAAACAUUCACUUCAUUAUCUGCUCUGUCCAAACAUCAGCGUGAUCAUGCAGGGCUGAAAUCAUUCCCAUCAUUGGAUCACAAUGAAUCUGCAGACACACAAAGAUCCUCUUCUGGUUGCAGAGUCAAACUUAAAAACCUUGAAAUCCGGCUCCACAGAAUUCCGAUGGAAUCUCCUGUAAACAGUGUCAGCUAAUGUUACACUUGGAUCUAAUGAGGUAGCUCUGAUUUCUGGACUUGCAGUGAAUAAUCCUGAAUCUGACAUUUAGGAAGCUGCAAGUACAGAUAUAUACAUCAAGGUUUUUAUUUUUCUUUGAGAAAUUUUAUUAAUCCUUUAAAAUGUUAUCCUAGGUUUCCCAGUUAAAUUUGAAUCCUUUUAGAAACUGCAGUAUUUAGUAGUAGUGUAUGUAUUAUAGAAAUUAGGGAUGGCACGAUACCACUUUUUUAUGUCCGAUACCGAUAUUUUACAUUUGCAUAUCGGCCAAUACGAU